CCAGUGUUGCGCGGUCUCGCUACGAAGCGGUCUCCAACCGCUGCUCUCGUGUCAUAGGCGACCGUGACUUAAAAAUUCCUCCGCGCCUUAGCUAGCUUUCGCGAGCUGAUGCUGUUCCAUUCCAUGAAUUGCAAUCAUGACCCCCGAAGCAACACCCGGUGCGCCUUGUUAGAAAAUUCGUCUCCGAAAUCCUCUUCCAAAUCCCAUCGAGCACGCAGCUCGCAUAUAGCCUGAAGAUUCUAGCUCCCGGUCAAGCCGACCCAAGGUUAUUACAAGAGAAGAGGAAGCUUGUUUCCUUGUGCCGUGGCGGCAUGUCUCGGAUGGGCCAGCCGUCGUCGUCUUUGCCGGCUGGUCACAGCGCGCUGCUCUAGCUAGGUAGCGGCGGGGAUUAUUGGGACCAUGCCUGUGCUCGACGAGGGCUGGGCUGGAGCAGGCGGCGGCGGCGGCGUCUUCGACGAUUCCAGCAGGCAACGGUGCUCCUGCCUGCCGUUCUGCUUCUGGGGCGCCAGCUCGUCCAAGCCCGCGGGCGCGCCGGCGAAGAGGAAGCGGCGGCGGCGGCUCAGGCUCAGGCUGUCGUGGCUCGCGUGGCCGUGGUUCUUCCGGAAGGGCGGCGGCAAGCGCAAGGGCGCGGGCGGCGACGGUAACGAGAGCAAGGGGAGGAAGCGGAGGGGGAGGCGACUGCUGCUGCUGCUCACGGCGUCGCUGCAGCCCAAGAAGGCGCUCGCGUCCGUCGUCUCCGGCGGCAGCGCCCUCCUGCCGGCCAAGGUGAGCAGUUUCGGUGACGCCAAGAAGCAAAGCAACCGCAAGCCACGACCAGCGGCAGACGACGGGCCAAGCGGCAGCAGGCAUCCGCAAGCCUCGACAUCCGCUGCGGCCACGAGGACCAGAUGGACGAGCACAGCGCCUGCUCCUCCUCGGCCAGAGACGAGCCAGUCGGGCCCGAGACCAACCGAUGGCCCAGCUGUCGUCGCCGGCCGCACCUGGCGAGCCCCGUCGAGGCGGCACUCGUUUCGCCAUCAGUCCGAGCGCACCGGGCUGUGGACGGCGGCGACGACGCUGGGCGUGAUCGUGCUCUUCGGCCGCGUCACCGCGGUGGUCUUCCUGUGCUCGUGCCUGUACGGCGCGCGCUUCGUCCGGGCGCGGCUGGGCGGCGCCGGCGCCAGCGCCAAGGCCACGAGCAGUGGAGUUGCUGGCGGUGGUUGCGGUAGCCGGCGGUUCGGCGACCCGGCGGGGGUGGCCGGCGAGAAGGUCGUGGUGAAGGCGGAGCCAUGCGCCACGGAGGAGUGCAAGAAGAAGGUGGUCAUGGUGGGGUUGCUGGAAAGGCCAGGCAAGACGGCCUCGUCGCGCUUUGGUAGGUGAUCAUCACAAGCUGACGUUGUAAAUGAUGCCAUUUAGUUAGGGCUUUUGAACAGUUUGGGGGAGAUAGCACGGUGUGUGCCGGUGGUGAUGCAGUUUUGCUCUUGUUUCUCUUUGGUGAGAUUGGCAUGGAGUCUCAGGCCUGUAUAUGAUUGGAUUGGUUUUUGGUUAUGCUCAGUGACUGGCAUGUCAUUCUAUGUUUUUCUAUUGGGCGACUUGGG